CCCAUCAACCCCUCUUCGCGGUGGGACGGGAAGUAGGGGGGAAGCCAAACUGCUCCCCUCUCCUGCAGCACCGGCCUCGGUCGCGCUGACUCUGGCCUGGCGUCUGUGUCUCUUGCUAUCUCUCUUUCUCUCAAGAUCUCUGCGCCUGUCUCCAUGUCUCUUUCUCUCUGUGCACCUAGGAUUUUCCGAGCACCCACCCCGGUGCCCUGGGGGCCCUGGCUGGGUGCAGGGCCCCCAACGCGGGCAGAGACACAAUCAGUGGAGCGCUCCCCACCCUCACCCCACCCCCAGCCCCUUUAGACCCACAGCCGAAGAGGCACGUGGAGUGGCAGAAAUGGAAGAGAGGAGGGAGAGGAAUCGUUCCUGGCCGCCUGCCGAGUGCCAGUCCUUGCCCCGGGUGCGUCUCUUCACUCCCACUAAGGAGGAAACGGCUCAGAGAGGGGAAGUGUUUGACCAAGGUCACCCAGCGAGGAAGUGGGAACCGAGAUUCGAACCUGCGUCCCAGAGAUGCCAAGGCCUCCUGAGAGGCAGAGAAGCAGACAGCAACUGAGAGACAGAGAGACGGUGACAGAUACAAAGAGACAAAAGAGAGAGACAGAGACCGAACAGAGCACACAGAGACAAACGCGGGGGUGCGAAGAGAAACACCUACUCAGACAGGAGAACCAGAGAGACAGUUACAGACUCAGCGAUAGAGAGGCUGAGAGAUAGAGCCAGAAAGACAAAAACAGAGGCAGAGAGACUGAGAGCGGCCCUUGGCAGCAGGGUUCAGCCGGCUGCAGGGGAAGUCCCGGCGCCCGGCGAAACCACCCUCCCGUGCAGCCGAGCCCAGCAGCUCUCCGGCCGCCGUCCCCGGCGGCCCCAUGCCCCGAUGCCCCGCAGGGGCCAUGGACGAGGGGCCCGUGGACCUGCGCACCCGACCCAAGGCCGCCGGACUCCCGGGCGCCGCACUGCCGCUCCGCAAGCGCCCGCUGCGCGCGCCCUCCCCGGAGCCCGCCGCUCCCCGCGGCGCUGCGGGCCUUGUUGUCCCCCUGGACCCCCUGCGCGGCGGCUGCGACCUGCCGGCGGUCCCCGGGCCCCCCCACGGCCUGGCCAGGCCGGAGGCGCUGUACUACCCGGGAGCCUUACUGCCUUUGUACCCCACUCGGACCAUGGGCUCCCCGUUUCCUCUGGUGAACCUGCCUACACCCCUGUACCCCAUGAUGUGCCCCAUGGAACACCCCCUUUCUGCUGACAUCGCCAUGGCCACCCGAGCAGAUGAGGACGGAGACACGCCUCUCCAUAUUGCUGUGGUGCAGGGUAACCUGCCAGCUGUGCACCGGCUGGUCAACCUCUUCCAGCAGGGGGGCCGGGAGCUCGACAUCUACAACAACCUACGGCAGACACCGCUCCACCUGGCUGUGAUCACCACAUUACCGUCUGUGGUCCGGCUCCUGGUGACAGCUGGUGCCAGCCCCAUGGCGCUGGACCGCCAUGGCCAGACGGCCGCCCACCUGGCGUGCGAGCACCGCAGCCCAACCUGCCUGCGAGCCCUGCUGGACAGCGCAGCUCCUGGCACGUUGGACCUGGAGGCCCGCAAUUACGACGGGCUCACCGCCCUGCACGUGGCAGUGAACACCGAGUGCCAAGAAACCGUGCAGCUCUUACUGGAGCGCGGUGCCGACAUCGACGCCGUGGACAUUAAGAGCGGCCGCUCCCCGCUCAUUCACGCCGUGGAAAACAACAGCCUUAGCAUGGUGCAGCUGCUGCUGCAGCACGGCGCCAACGUGAACGCACAAAUGUACUCCGGCAGCUCCGCGCUGCACUCAGCGUCCGGCCGCGGGCUCCUCCCGCUGGUGCGCACACUGGUCCGCAGCGGCGCUGACAGCAGCCUCAAGAACUGCCACAACGACACGCCGCUGAUGGUGGCGCGCAGCCGCAGGGUCAUCGACAUCCUGAGGGGGAAGGCCGCCCGGCCUGCUUCCACCUCCCAGCCAGACCCCUCCCCUGACCGGAGCGCCAACACCUCCCCCGAGAGCAGCAGCCGCCUCAGCUCCAAUGGUCUUCUCUCUGCAUCACCGUCCUCCUCACCCUCCCAGUCUCCCCCCAAGGACCCCCCUGCAUUCCCCAUGGCUCCUCCCAAUUUCUUCCUUCCUUCCCCAUCUCCACCUGCCUUCCUGCCCUUUGCCGGGGUCCUCCGAGGCCCUGGCCGGCCGGUGCCCUCCUCCCCAGCUCCAGGAGGCAGCUGAGGGGGAUGGGGGGGCAGAUCUUGGACUCAUGAGGAGGGGCCCCCUGCCCUGUGGGGUCAACCCUUCUGGAAACUGUGAAGAUCUCACUCUGCCCCCCCCCCAUCUUCGGGACCAGGAUUUGCACAGAAGCACAUGCACCUACCCAUACAGCCCCUCUUCUGAGCACAGUUCCCCCAUCUCGCUCCCUGCCCAGAACUCUGACCCCAGUAUUCUCAGGCACCAGUCCCUGUCCGGAAUGCCACCCACAUCUUCCAUUUCCGUGUCCCCUCCCAGAGCUGGUGGACCCAGGGAACAGCCACUCCCCUCCACACGCUACCAGACAACUGAGGAGGGGAGAGGUGGGCUGUAACGGACACGGAUCACGAUGUAAAUUAUUAAGCAUUUUGGUUGGAUUUCUUUUGUAAUAAACUAUUUUUGUACCAUA